CGCAAUCCAUUCGUGGUCCGUUUUUUCUACUCCUUCACAUGUAGGGAUAAUCUUUAUCUUGUCAUGGAGUACCUGAAUGGAGGAGAUCUUUUCUCUUUGCUGAGAAAUCUUGGCUGUUUAGAAGAAGACAUGGCUCGUGUUUAUAUUGCUGAAGUCGUUCUUGCUUUGGACUAUUUGCAUUCCUUAAAUAUUAUUCACAGGGAUUUGAAGCCAGACAAUCUGUUGAUCGGCCCAGAUGGUCACAUCAAGUUGACAGAUUUUGGGCUCUCCAAGGUUGGCCUUAUCAACAGCACCGAUGACUUGUCUGGUUCAUCCGGCUCUCCUUUGCUUGGGAAUGUUAAACCAAAAGCACCACCAUCGCUAAAAAGAGAAAAACAACAGAAGGAUUCAGUUGUAGGAACCCCUGACUACUUGGCACCAGAGAUACUCCUAGGCGUUGGUCAUGGUGCAACAGCUGACUGGUGGUCUGUUGGUGUUAUAUUGUUUGAGCUCCUUGUUGGUAUUCCACCUUUUAAUGCAGAGCAUCCUCAGCAAAUUUUCGUUAAUAUCAUGAAUAGAGACAUACCUUGGCCGAAGGUGCCGGAGGAACUAAGCGUAGAAGCAUAUGAUUUGAUUGACCAGUUGUUGAUCGAAAACCCACUUCAAAGAUUAGGUGCAACAGGAGCAGGAGAGGUGAAACAACACCCAUUUUUCAAGGACAUCAACUGGGAUACACUAGCAAGGCAAAAGGCUACAUUCAUACCUUCUGCUGAACCACAAGACACUAGUUACUUUAUGAGCCGUUAUAUUUGGAAUCCAGAAGAUGAAGAUGUUUGGGGUGGUAGUGAUUUUGAUGACUUGAGUGAUGUUGGAAGUAUCUCAUGCAGCAGCAGCUCUUGCAGCAACUUACAAGAUGAAGAGGGAGAUGAAUGUGGCUAUUUGACAGAGUUUGGCACUCCAGCCCUGCUAGAGCAAUAUUCAUUUAGUAACUUUUCAUUCAAGAACCUAUCUCAGCUGGCUUCCAUGAAUUAUGAUUUGGUAGUAAAGAGUGCCAAAGAGUCUGUUGAGAAGCAGCAGUCAUUACCCAUUCCAUGACAGAAUCAAGAAGAUGAGCAAAACCCUAGAUGGCCUAAGUUUGCUCGAAAUUACAGCUUCAUGUGGGGGUGGAAUUGGGAAGAGGAUGAAACAAUUGAUUCUAUAAUGUGAUGAGAUCCCUUUUGAGACAUUUUGGCUUAGGCGGUUGCUAUCAGAAUCCCAGUGGUAUGUGAAAAAAACAUUAUUUGUGCUUUUGAUGGCUGUGUUGUAUACUUGUAUAUAUAUGGAGUAUAUAAUGGUAUUGAUCGGUUUCACUAAAAGAAACUCUGGUUA